UUAAAAACAUCUCUGACCUUCACUCUUCACUCAUCAGUAAAAGGCAGUGUGUGCCAGCCACUUCUCCAGAGGUCUUAAUGGAUCUGGCCUGUCAGAUAUCACAGCAGCAGACCACAGAGGUGCUAGUGGAAGAUGAUGAUGGGGUGUCAGAAGCAGCUCUGCAGGUUCUGCGGCAAAGUGACUUUAAUCCCUGCUGCACUCUUUCUGUGAAAUUUUCCAAAGACAAACUAAACAACAACAUUAGAAAUCAGCGUCGCUUCCUCAGAUGUCUUGUUUCGAAACUGUUGAUGUCAGAAAUCUUUGAGGGACCUGAUGGAGCCAAAAACCUGGCUCUGAACUCAAAAGCUCUGAGGGAUGAUCUCUACUUUGAAGUCGGCAGUCUGUUGGCCCUCUCUUUGGUUCACGGAGGUCCUCCUUUGGGCUUCUUCUCUCCAGCACUGUACCAUAGUCUGUUUAACUACCCCACAAACUACAGACCUACAUUACAAGACCUUGGAGACACUGCUUUUGCACACAAAAUUAGACAGAUCGCAGAAGCAAACUCCAUGAAGGAGCUGAGAUGCGCAAUGCAGUCAGCAUCACAGUAUUUGGAAGCAGCAGGUUGCUGGCGAAACAUCAGCAAACUCUCAGAGAAGGACAUGUUAGUGGAGGAUGUACUAAAUUUCUACCUGAUCAUCAGACUACAGCUGCCUCUGCAGAGAUUUCGUGAAGGUUUGAGGACACUAGGACUGUUUGAGCAGGUUCAGAUGUGUACAGAGGCUUUCCAUUCAGUCUUCUGUGGGCCUGUGGAAAGGCUCACAGCUGAAUCAGUCAUGGAUCUCUUUACAGUCCAGUUUUCAGAAGAAAAAGAGAACACAACAUUAAACUUUUGGAAAAAGUAUCUGCAUGAGUGUGACGAGGGUCGGUGUGCAGCAUCACUCAAGGACCUCCUAACAUUUGCCACUGCUACAGAUUUGGUUCCAUCCAUUGGAUUCCAUCCCACUCCCUCUAUUUCAUUCUUCAGCUCAUCAGACCCCUCGUGUGCCUUUCCUCAGAGCCACUGUGAUGCCAAUCAUCUCAUUCUGCCAAUAGUACCCUCCUAUGAGCUCUUCAAGAAACACUUGGAUUACACAGUGUGUCAGUUCUCAGUUAUGCAGGACAUUUAAAAAAA